AAAAAAAAAAAAAAGGGGCAAAAAUCAGAUUUGAGAUUUCCAAAAUCAAGGAAGUGGUAAAGUCGAUAUGGGUAAGUAAAUUGAAAGGGAGAGAGUCAAGAAUUUGGAGAAAAUUGAUUUCAAUCAGCAUUCCAAACUUCUCGAAGAACUCAAAAAUGUUGAGAAUUUCUUCUUCUUUACAUAUUCCACCAAUUGUAGCACCAGUUAAUUUCAUUCUCUCUUUCUUGAAUCCAUCUUCUUGUAAAGUAUCAUCUUUUACUCGCGUAGCUUUGCUUAACUCGACAACCCUUUUCCCCAAUUCGCGUAAUCUCCAAUUUCCCACCUUCAAAAGGGUUUCAACAAUGAUGGGUCGUCUUCAUUCUUGUUCGAGAGUAAUUACAGCUUCAUAUAGUGCUGGGAGUAGUCCUGGAGGCAGUCGGGAGAUAUUGGUACAGCAUUUACUUGUCAAAGAAGAUGACCAGAAGCUUCUACUGGACCUUCAGAAAAGAAGUGCAGAAGGAGAGGAUCUAAGUGAUCUGGCCGUUGAGUAUUCUAUGUGUCCAUCAAAAGAAGAUGGGGGAAUGCUUGGUUGGGUGAGAAAAGGGCAAAUGGUGCCAGAAUUUGAAGAAGCUGCAUUUAGUGCUCCUCUGAAUAAGGUUGUAAAGUGCAAAACUAAGUUUGGGUGGCAUUUGUUGCAAGUUCUAUCUGAGAGGGAGGAAUCUGUACUUGAACACAUCCAGCCGAACGAGUUUCAUGUGAGGUUGCAAGAUCCCUCUUUCCUGGAAGAGGCUCAAUUGAUUGAUGUUCGAGAACCAGAGGAAGUGGCCCAGGCUUCUUUACCAGGAUUUCAGGUUCUUCCUCUUCGCCAAUUUGGAAGCUGGGGACCAGAAAUAACUACUAAGUUUGAUCCUCAGAAGGACACUUACGUGUUGUGUCACCAUGGCAUGAGAUCACUACAAGUUGCCAAGUGGUUGCAGACACAGGGAUUCAGGAAAGUAUUUAACGUGGCUGGAGGAAUCCAUGAAUAUGCUGUCAAAGUUGAUCCAUCGAUUCCAACUUAUUGAAGCGGAAAGAGAAACCAAGGAGAAAGGAAAGGGGAAAUAUUUGAAAGUGAAUGAAGGGAAAAUGGGGUGUGUCCCAGAGGGAGAGCAAGAAAGGGAAAAAUGGGGGGUUUGAAGGGAGUCAAAAAAACAAAAAACAACAAAAAAAAGAAUUUGUUAGAGAAUUAAGAGUUUCAUUAUUGGUGUAGAGAGAGUUUCAACAAAACACAAAACACACAAAAGACAGAAAAAGGGAGAAUUCUAUGAUGAAAUGAGGAAGUCAUUUGCUUAGCAUUGAUUCAGAGAGAUUGUAGGACUAAAUAAAUAUAAUAAUUAUUCUUUUUGGAUAAUUUUUUUAAAAUGUUGUUGAAAACUUGUGGGAGGAAUCAAGUUUGAGUCUUCUUUUUUUGUGGGGGAUAAAAUUCACAUUAAUUAUUAUUAUUAAUUGUUUAUUGUUUUCAGAAUGGGUGAUA